AUGAAAAUUUCAAAGUUGAGAAAUAUCAAGUUGAACUAUAUGAAUAGUUCAAAGUGUUUUUUCAGUGGGUACACAGGGAAACACAUAUCUGACAAGGAUUUGGUCAAAAAAGAUGACAACUGGUACAUUGAGGAAACCAACUUUUGCCUGGGCAGAGUGACGAAACUGAGAUUUUCGGAAAAGGAUGAUAUGGCAAGGAGAGUAUUGAAAAUUAUGGACAGCCAACUAAGCAAAAUGUACACACGGAUGCGAGAUGGAACGGUCAUCCCAUACAUGUCCUUUUAUUUGAAUGAUGUUAUUGAUAAACCUGCCCCAAACCAUCAAUUUAUUGAGCAGCCACUGAUCAAGUGGACGUGGGAUGAGGCCUAUGAUGAGGCGUACGAAGAAAAUUAA